GGCGGCGGCGGCCGGAGGGGGGGCGAGAAGUUGCUGAGGAGGCGCCUGGAGGGGGAAGAUGGUAGGUGGGCGGCCGCCCGCCCCGCGCAGGCCCCUCCCCCGGGGGAAGGAGCCCCCCCAACGGGUGGGGGGCCUCCUUGGGGGGCGGGGCGGAGGGGUGGCUCACUGAGGGGGGGGGAGGGGAGGCUCCAUUGGGUGGGGGGGUCCCAUUGGGGGAGGUGGGGCAGGGGGCUCUGGAAAGGGGCCUGGGGGAGCAUGGUGAUUAUUAUUUGGGGGGGGUUGUGCAUAGGCUUCAAAGGGGGGAGGCCUGGGUCUCUGUUUUUUUUUGGGGGGGCAGAAUGUGCUUUGAGGGGGCAGCACUGAGGAUGGAAGGGGGGUCCAGUGAGGCUGGGGGGGCGGUCCUGUGCACAGGCGUGCAAGGGGAGGAGGCCAGGCUCUGUUUUUUUUGCGGGGGGAGAAUGUGCUUUUAGGGGGAGGCAUUGAGGAUGGGGGGGGGGUCCUGUGCACAGGCUUGCAAGGGGGGGAAGGCCUGGGUCUCUGUUUUUGGGGUGGGGGUGGGAGGAUGUGCUUUGAGGGGGCAGCACUGAGGAUGGAGGGGGGUCCAGUGAGGCUUGGGGGGGUCCUGUGCACAGAGUUGCAAGGGGAGGAGGCCUGGGUCUUUGUUUUUUUGGGGGGUGGGAGGAUGUGCUUUGAGGGGGCAGCACUGAGGAUGGAGGGGGGGUCCAGUGAGGCUGGGGGUGGCUCCUGUGCACAGGCUUGCAAGGGGGGGAAGGCCUGGGUCUCUCUUUUUUUUGGGGGGGGAGGAUGUUCUUUUAGGGGGCAGCACUGAGACUGGGGGGGUGUCCAGUGAGGCUGGGGGGGGUCCUGUGCACAGACUUGCAAGGGGGGGAAGGCCUGGGUCUCUCUUUUUUGGGGGGGGGAGGAUGUGCUUUUAGGGGGCAGCUUUUAGGGGGGUCCAGUGGGGUUGGGGUGCUGUGUAUUACGAACUGGUGGCGAUGUGGGGCUAAGUGGGGGGUCUCAUCUGUGGGGUGGGGAGGGGUUGGGGUGCUGUGCAUUACGAACUGGUGGCAACGUGGGGCUAAGCGGGGGGGGUCUCAUCUGUGGGGCGGGGAGGCCGACUGGGGUCUGGGGUGCUUUCAGGUCGGCGGCGGAGGGGGAAGCCUGAUGAGGAAAAGAGUGGGGCCAUCGGUGUGGUCCUUGUUUCUGCCUCUAAACCCCCCCCCAAGUGAAUGGGGGGAGCUGUUUGGGAGCUUUAUGGGGCUUCUCCCCCCAUCCCAUCCCCCUUCCAUCAGGGAGGGGCUUUCUUACGACUGGCGCUGGCGGGGAGAAGCACCCCUGUUGGGUUGCUGUGUGAAGAAAGCCGGGGUGGGGGCUAGGGGGUGUCUUAGUGAGCUUAUAGGGCAGGAGGUGCAAAUUUGGGGGGACAGGAAAAGCAUCCGUCAGUGAGGCUGGGGUGACUUGGGAAGACCCCAGACCUGCAUGUGGGGUGUCUGGAAAACCUUGCUUUUCCAAAGGUUCGGGCUUUGCUGUCGGAAUGGGGGACCCACGGGGGUUCGGGGGGACCGUUGAGUAGGUUUCCUGCUGGGGGUGUUGGCUUUGCUCAGAGAGCAAGCUUUGUUGUCAGGGGGUGUCAUUCCAGGCGUUUUAUGCAAUUCUCCCUGCUUCCGCCUCACAACAGCCGUGAAAAGUAGGCUAAUUUAAGAGAGGCAGCCACUGGCUGCAAAGUCGCCGCAGUGAGCUUUGUGUUGCUGAGUGGGGAUUCGAACUCAGGUCUCUGCCAGGCUGUAGCCUGACGCCCCAACCGUUGUGCCACACUUUUUGUUGUUGGUCUGGAUGGUUUCUGUGCAGCAAGAAUAUGCCUCUGAGAGAGGUUAGCGGAUUCUGCGUUGGGGUGAGUCGGCUGCCCGUUUCAGGGGUGCUUAUAGGUUGUGGUGAGGCCUGCCUAGAUCAUAGAAGAAAUCACAGGAUUGUACAGUUGGAAGGGACCCUGGCGACCAUCUAGUCCAACCCCCUUGCAAUGUAAGAAUUUGCAGCUGUCCCUGACAGGAAUCGAACCUUGGCGUUAUCAGCACUGCACUCUAACCAACUAAGCCGCCCUGAGCCCGGUCUUGGCUGGGGAGGGCGGGGUAUAAAUAAUAAUUUAUUAUUAUUAUUAUUAUUAUUAUUAUUAUUAUUAAGCUACCCAGUGGAUUGCAGAUGUGGCAAUUUGAGUCUAGGGCUUUAUAUAGGGCAUCUUCCUAUUUUGAAUUGACAAUAUUUGGAACCACGAAGACUAGUAACUUACUUUUUAGGGGCAACAUAUAUAUAUAUAACAAGAGGGACGCGGGUGGUGCUGUGGGUUAAACCACAGAGCCUAGGACUUGCUGAUCAGAAGGUCGGCGGUUCGAAUCCCCGGUACAGGGUGAGCUCCCGUUGCUCGGUCCCUGCUCCUGCCAACCUAGCAGUUCGAAAGCACGUCAAAGUGCAAGUAGAUCAAUAGGUACCACUCCGGCGGGAAGGUAAACGGCGUUUCCGUGCGCUGCUCUGGUUCUCCAGAAGCGGCUUAGUCCUGCUGGCCACAUGACCCGGAAGCUGUACGCCGGCUCCCUCGGCCAAUGAAGUGAGAUGAGCGCCGCAACCCCAGAGUCGGUCACGACUGGACCUAAUGGUCAGGGGUCCCUUUACCUUUACCUAUAUAUAUAAUGAUAAUAAAAAUACUUUGCUAAAAUUAAGGGUUUUUUGCAGGAGGGGAGGGAUCAAGUUUCUAGUCCUUAAGGGCUGCGAAGGGUCAGGCAGCUUCCUGAAUUUGUGGCACGCUGAAUGGAGCUGAUGAGAGCAAGAGAAAAGCAAAGGGGGAGCGUCCGCCCCAAAAGAUGCUUGCUGCUUAAAAGCCUGUCUGUGGUUUCACUUUCCUUUCUGUUUUGCUUCAUUCCAGGCUGAUUUUCUGAAAGGGUUGCCUGUCUACAAUAAAAGCAAUUUCAGCCGUUUCCACGCAGAUUCUGUAUGUAAAGCAUCGGUGAGUACCAACUCUUGGCUUGAGAUCCAACAAAGAGUCGCACUUGAGGUCCCUUCAGAGAGUCUUUUCGAGGGUUGAGGGUCCUGGUUAUUUCAGGGUUUUUUGGGGGGGUGAACCCAGAAUUGAUCUCCCACCAAGACACUCCAUUUGUGCACGAUUUCAUAGAAUCGUAGUAUUGUCAAGUUGGAAGGGAUCCUGUGGGUCUUCUAGUCCAACCCCUUGCAGUGCAGGAAUCUCAACUAAAUCAUGCAUGACAAUUAAUAAUAAUGAUUUAUUAUUUAUACCCCCCCCAUCUGGCUGGGCUUCCCCAGCCACUCUGGGCGACUUCCAAAAAAAUAUGAAAAUACUGUAAUACAUCAAAUGUUAAAAGCUUCCCUAAACAGGACUGCCUUCAGAUGUCUUCUAAAAGUCUGGUAGUUGUUGUUCUCUUUGACAUCUGGUGGGAGGGCGUUCCAUAGGGAGGGUGCCACUACCGAGAAGGCCCUCUGCUUGGUUCCCUGUAACUUGGCUUCUCGCAGUGAGGGAACCGCCAGAAGGCCCUCGGUGCUGGACCUCAGUGUCCGGGUAGAACGAUGGGGGUGGAGACCAUCCAACCUUUGUUUAGAGACCCCCAAGGAAUUAUAGAGUCCCCCAUCUCCGGAGGGAGUCAGUUCCACUGGUGAAGAGCUCUUACCCUCAGAAAUUUCUUCCUGGUGUUUAGUCGGAAUCUCCUUCCUUGCAACUUGAAUCCAUUGGUUUGGGUCCCUCGGAUGCACUAGAAAACAAGCUUGCUCUGUCGUUUGUGUGGUAGUACUUUAGAUAUUUCAAGGAACUGUUAGUGAGGACUCUUUGGGUUGGGUCUGUCAACCAGCUACAAAACCACCUAACAGUUACCUCGUCCGGCCCUCAUUUUACUAUCUUCUCUGCAAGGAUAUCAUGGUCGACUUUGUCAAAAGCCAUACUGAAAUCAAGAUAUAUUAUGUCCAUAGCGUUCCCCUGAUCCACCAAGCUUGUAUCUAUCUAUCAUCUAUCUAUCUAUCUAUCUAUCUAUCUAUCUAUCUAUCUAAGAUUUGUCUGGCAUGACUUGUUUUUGAGAAACCCAUGCCACGUAUUCUCAAAGUGCAUCUUGUGGUCCGGUGCGUCUUAAAGAGCGAAAAAUACGGCACAGCUUUCAAGCUGUCUGCAAGCUCCCGUUCCCUGGAGAAACAGGCCUGUGUGGUUUUUAGUGGGAAAGUGGGGUGAAAUCUUUGAAAAUCAGAAGCAAAGUAAAUAAGCCUGUCGUCAGAAAAUGUGUUAAUGAAACUGCAGUCUAUCCUCCCUUCUAGGAUUCAUGCGAUGUGGUUUUUGAGCUCUUCGUAGCAUGCAACCCAGCUGCUGCCAGUUUUCGGGGAAGGCAGAAUUAUGUGAUUACUGUAUUCUUCGCUCUCUAAGACGCAUCAGACCACAAGGCGCACCUAGUUUUUGGAGGAGGAAAACAAGAAAAAAAAUGUUCUGAAUCUCAGAAGCCAGAACAGCAAGAGGGAUCGCUGCGCAGUGAAAGCAGCAAUCCCUCUUGCUGUUCUGGCUUCUGUGAUAGCUGCGCAGCCUGCAUUCGCUCCAUAAGACGCACACGCAUUUCCCCUUACUUUUUAGGAGGUAAAAAGUGAGUCUUAUAGAGCAAGAAAUACGGUAAUUUGUCGGUUUUUAUACCACUUCGGAUAGUACCGCUGGUUAUGUUAUUGUUAAUAUCUGGGGGUGCUUAUCAUAUCUGACUCCAUUUUUUAAUUAUCACAACCAACUGUUUUUAUCUCUUGCCAGGUUAAUUUUUAACGACUUUCCACAUUUUUAACAAACCCAUAACAAAUUUUAUACAACUGUUUCCAAAAAAUUGACUUCCUGUCCCCUUCUUAGAUGUGUCCAGAAUUACCCCUAAUUGCUGCUUAUAAUUUCAUAGCAAUCUCAUUUGUUACCUCCUCCUCGUACGUUAGAUAACAUUCCCAAUAGUGUUAAGUGAGGAUUACUACUCCAUUCAUCGAUCCGCAUUAAACCAUUAAUUAUCAUUUCUGAAAUUUAACUAGCUGGUAUCGAUUGGUAGCUUAAGAUGAAUUCAAAAUGGUAUAACGCCUGUGAUACUGAAAAAAUUAACUUAUUUGGAUUGCUGACAUUUUGAAACAAGUCUGUCCUGGUUUUCUUUUCCUGCCUUUUUUUUUUUGCUGUUGUGCAGCAAGGCUCCUUUGGAGAAAGGAGAAUGCAAACUAAAGCAAUAAUAGCACUGUGAGGAUCGUAUCCCAUACUCAGGAGUAAACCUGUUGGAAUUAAGGAGCGUGGCUAACUUGGGCCUGUCAAUUUCAACAGGUCUUCCCUAACCAGAGCUUGGUUACAGCCCUGACUUUGGGAUCUUUGGACUUAGAAUAAUAACAAUGAUAUUAGUAGUAGUAGUAGUAGUACCCCGCCCAUCUGGCUGGGUUUCCCCAAUCACUCUGGGUGGCUCCCAACAGAAUAUUAAAAACACGAUAAAAGGUCAAACAUUAAAAACGUCCCUAAACAGGGCUGCCUUCAGAUGUCUUCUAAAAGUCAGAUAGUUUAUUUCCUUGACAUCUGAUGGGAGGGCAUUCCACAGGGCGGGCGCCACCACCGAGAAGGCCCUCUGCCUGGUUCCCUGUAACCUCAAUUCUCGCAGGGAGGGAACCACCAGAAGGCCCUCGGAGCUGGACCUCAGUGUCCAGGCUGGACGAUGGGGGUGGAGACGCUCCUUCAGAUCUACUGAGGUGAGGCUGUUUAGGGCUUUGAAGGUCAGCACCAACACUUUGAAUUGUGCUCAGAAACAUCCUGGGAGCCAAUGUAGGUAUUUCAGGACCAGUGUUAUGUGGUUUCGACGGCCACUCCCAGUCCCCAGUCUAGCUGCCGUAUUCUGGAUUAUUUGUCGUUUCCGGGUCACCUUCAAAGGUAGCCUCACGUAGAGCGCAUGGCAGUAGUCCAAGCGGGAGAUAACCAGAGCAUGCACCACUCUGGCCAGACAGUCUGCGGGCAGGGAGGGUCUCAUCCUGCAUACCAGGUGGAGCUGGUAGACAGCCGCCCUGGACACAGAAUUGACCUGCGCCUCCAUGGGCAGCAGUGAGUCCAAAAUGCCUCCCAGGCUGUGCACCUGGUCCUUCAGUGGCACAGUGACCCCUAUGACCUUUUAUUUUUUUAAUCUGUAAGCUCUUUGCAGGCAGAGGUUUGUUUGUAGUUUUGUUUUUGCCCUUGUGGGCAAGUAACUUCAAGAAAAAACAAGUUACCGGGACAAUGUGGGUAAUCAGCAAGAUGAUGGUUGAACCGCAAAGAUCUCUCUCUGAUGCAAAAAAAUCUCAUUCUCUCCUUCUUUUUCAAUUUACAGAACAGAAGGCCAUCAGUAUACCUCCCUACGCGGGAAUAUCCGUCAGAACAAAGUAAGCACUGGCUUUUUCUCUCCUCCUUUUUUCUUGAGCUUUCCACUUGGGAAAUAUCUGUGGCCCUCCGGAUCUUGCUGGGCAUCCCCUUCCACCGUCGCCCUUGACCAUUGGUCAUGCUGGCCAUCGGGGUUGCUGGGAGACAGGGUCCAGGAACUCCGGCAGGGACACAGGCAGUGUAAAAGAGAACUGGGCUAUGCAAUUUUUGAGAAGGCGGCGAGCGCUUGCCUUGCCGCUCGAUCACCUGAGAUCACCUGCAGGAACGCCGCCGGUCGUUCCCCAAGCCGAUGAGGUUCAUUUGGCUAUAAGAAACUGAGCCUUUAGUGUCGUUGGCCCCCUAUGGAACUCUCUGCCACAAGGUCCUGCGGGCAGCUUCUCAGCUAGUGCCUGCUGUAAACUUUCCAUUUCUGUUAGCCUUAUGCAGGCAGCAAAGUAUAUCUUUCCGCAAUAGUUACCUGAUCUUAACUUUCUGCACGGCUUUUAUUAUGUGGUUUAUUGUCGCAAGGCAGUUGUGAAUAAUAGCAGCAUAUAUAAAUGUCUUUAUAAAUAGAUUUAAAAAACUGCACACCCUUCCCCAUAUCUUCGUCUUUGGUGAUCCCUCAUAGCCGAGUAAGAUUGUCUUCCAUAAACACGGUUUUAACAGUGAGUCCAUAAGUGAUUGUGGAGGCCAAUUCUGGAUCCACGCGUCCUUCCACGGUGGGGACAUAGGUUUCCAGGCGGGAGUCGAUCCCGGUGAGGGUUUGCCAAGCGUGCUUUCCUCUUAGCACAUUUCUCCCUUGCGUCCUGAGUUCGAGUGUCUUCAAAGCCCAUGACACCUUUGGUAAAGGCUGUUCUCCAACUGGAGCGCUCGCAGUCCAGUGAUUCCCGGUUGUCAGUGUUUAUCCCACAUUUUAAAAGAUUUGCCUUGAGAGAGUCUUUAUGCUUAUUUUGUCGUCCAUCAUUACGCUUACCAUUUACAAGUUUGGAAUAGAGGAGUUGCUUUGGAAGACGAUAAUCAGACAUCCACAAACAUGACCAGUUCAACAAAGUUGAUGUUGAAGAAUCAUUGCUUCAACGCCGGUGAUCUUUGCUUCUUCCAGUACGCUGGCCCUAGUUCUCCCGUCUUCCCAAGUGAUGUGUAAAACUAUACGGCCAUUUAAAACAAAGAAAUUUAUUGUGAUAAUGUCCUUUAUCUCCCCCCUUCCCCGGUUCUUUCUUCCAACAGUUAUAGUAACAGAAAAGACGAACAUACUUUUGCGUUACCUACAUCAGCAGUGGGACAAAAAGGUACGGAACGCGCUCUGUUAGCAAUUUGCGCAAUCUUGUCUAAUUUCAAAAGCAUCUCCCGGCGAGGGAGGGAGGCCUUCAAAGUUUCGUUCAGGUCCCCUGCAAGGUGGGUGGUAGGAAACGGCUACAGAGCCUCUUUUCGUACGCCGCCACCUGCCUACCCUGGCCUUACGCUCCUGGACCACAUCUGAUCAGUUUGGGGCUCUUGCUAAAGCUGCCCUUCUUUCCAUAAACCUUAUGAGAACUUUAUUCCUGUUGGUUCUGAAUUGAUUUCUAUAUGUGGGCUGUCGUUUUCUCUGCUCUCUUUAUAUUACAAUUCUUUUGUACAUACCGUUGUUUUAAAAGCAAUUGAUUAUAUAUAUAUAUACACACACACACACACACACACACACACACACACUCACACACACACACAUAUACAGUGGUACCUCGGAAGUCGAACGGAAUCCGUUCCGGAAUGCCGUCCAACUUCCGAAAACGUUCGCAAACCAAGGCACGGCUUCCGAUUGGCUUUAGGAAGCUCCUGCAGCCAAUCAGAAGCCGCACCGGACGUUCAGGUUCCAAAGAACGUUCGCAAACUGGAACACUCACUUCCAGCUUUGCGGCGUUCAGGAGCCAAAACGUUCGACUCGCAAGGCGUUCAGGAUCCAAGGUACGACUGUGUAUAUAAACAGUUGAAUUGUUACAUCGCAAAGUGCUCUGGGAAGCUCUCAGUAAACAAAAUCGAUGAUAAUAAUAAUGAAUUAUGCACGUAAGCCCCAAAACAUGCACACAACCCUUUGAAAUUGUAUCCAGCUGUGUUACACCCCGAGUAAAGGUAAAGGGACCCUGACCAUUAGGUCCAGUCGUGACCGACUCUGGGGUUGCGGCGCUCAUCUCGCUUUAUUGGUCGAGGGAGCCGGCGUACAGCUUCCGGGUCAUGUGGCCAGCAUGACUGAGCCGCUUCUGGCGAACCAGAGCAGCGCACGGAAACGCCGUUUACCUUCCCGCCGGAGUGGUACCUGUUUAUCUACUUGCACUCUGACGUGCUUUCGAACUGCUAGGUUGGCAGGAGCAGGGACCGAGCAACGGGAGCUCACCCCGUUACGGGGAUUCGAACCACCGACCUUCUGAUCGGCAAGCCCUAGGCUCUGUGGUUUAACCCACAGCGCCACCCGCGUCCCUGUUACACCCAGAGUAGACCCACUGAAACCAACAGAACCGAGUCUCUUGUGUCCAUUCAUUUUGGUGGGUCUGCCUGGAGUGGUAACAUUCGCCUCCCGUCAAAGCAAACAGACCCCUCCCGGUUCAUUUCUUUGGGUCGACCCCUAAGGAUGUUGGAGGCGUACUCUGCCAGUUUAACUUGCCUCUUUGCCGUUCUUGUUUGCGGGGGAACCGCCUCGUUCCUUUACUUCGGCGGGCGAAAACCUGUGUACAGUGGUGCCCCGCAAGACGAAUGCCUCGCAAGACGGAAAACCCGCUAGACGAAAGGAUUUUCCGUUUUGGAGGUGCUUCGCAAAACGAAUUUCCUAUGUGCUUGCUUCGCAAGACGAAAAUGUCUUGCGAGUUCCUGCGGGGUUUUUUUCCUUUUCCCCCCCUUUUUCCCAAGCCGCUAAACCGCUUAUCAGCUGAUCGUUAAGCCGCUUAACAGCUGAUCGCUAAGGCGCUUAUCAGCUGAUCCGCUAAGCCCGCUAAGCCGCUAAUACUGUAGCGCUAAUCCGCUAAACCGCUAACGGGCUUGCUUCGCAAGACGAAAAAACCCGCAAGACGAAGAGACUCGCGGAACGGAUUCUUUUCGUCUUGCAAGGCACCACUGUAUACGAAUCGCUCCGAACCCGAUCAGCGAACAAUCUCGCCCCGGUUUCUCUUAACCUACCUUCCAUCUCUCUCUCCUCUGCUUGCUCCCCUCAGAACGCAGCGAAGAAAAGAGACCCCGAACAGGUGGAAAUAGAAGGGGAGAAUUCAGCCCCACCCCGGAAAAUCGCCCGGACGGACAGCCAGGAUAUGAACGACGACACUUAAAAACUAAAACAAACUUUUUUCUUUUUUUUGCUUGUCUUCUGUGUUAAAAUUUACAGGGGCUUCCUGUGUGGUAUUUUUUUUGUGGUGGUGGGGGGGAGUGUCUGUUGACCAUGUACGCACACCAACACACACAUUUCUACAAUCAGCUUGCCUUUCCUCCUCUCCUGGUUCACCCUUCACUAUGCAGCCACUUCAGAUCUGUAGCAGCCAAUGUAUUUAUUUCUGUUUAUUUGUGUGUGUGUUGGCGAAAGCGGGGGCGAAAGAGGCACGGCGGGGGGGGGGGUGUCGUGGGGCAGAAGAGAGAGAGAGAGAGGGGUUUCUUCUUCCAUUUUUUCUCUCCAUUAUUAUUUAUGUGCUCUCUCGCUCUCUCUGUUGCAACAAGUCGGGAAUACAAAAUGAUGUUUAAACUGUGAUCCAUUCCCUUUCUGUUUGGGGGAAAAGGCAAAAAAAAAAGACACCCCCCCACUUUUGCGGCUAAUCUCUCCCCCAAAAAAGAAAAAUAUCUUUGUACUAACGUGAACUGUAUCCAAGCUCAUGCUGAAACACCCCCCUGACUUUUUUGUGGAAUCAAACCUUCCAUCUGUACAAUUACUGGUGUGCGUAAAAGAGGGGGUGUGGUUUUCAAAUUCUUCCUUUGCACCUCCUAAUCUAAGUGUGAUCUGAGGCGAGGAGGCCGUAUCCUGACCUCCCUCUCCCCUUUCAUUUCGAUGUUUUCGUUUUCUGGAAAAGCUUUUUUUUUUUUUUUUAAUUAAAAAAAAUAUCGUCGACGGUCCUUCUUCGAUGGAUUCUCUUCACCAGACGUGUCGUGUCCUCUUUAGCUGAUAACUGCUGUAUUGUUUUUAUUUUUAUUAUUAAAAAAACACACCCAUCUUUAGCUUUCUGUUCUGGGGAGUUUUGUUAGCAUGUCAGCCGUAGGUUGUGAAGAGGAAAGGAAAACAUUUCUGCUUGUCACCGACCCCUUCCUCCAUCCCCUGACCCACCCCCCGCAAAUCUCUCUCUCUCUCUCAGAUCACUCUAGGAAUGGACCAGUUCUGUGCAACUUUUGCAGUAGAAUAAAGAAGGAUCUUUCUCACCAA